AUGGUCACCAAGGUUCUGAUUGUGGUAGUUGCGUUUAUUUGUUGUGCAUCUGCAAUGCCUUAUGGUGGAUUUGGUCAAGGGGGCGGUGGUGGAUUUGGUCAAGGUGGAUUUGGUCAAGGCGGAUUUGGUCAAGGCGGAUUUGGCCAAGGUGGAUUUGGCCAAGGAGGAUUCGGUCAGGGUGGGUUCGGGCAAGGUCCCGGAGGGUUUGGACAACGAGGCUUUGGCCAGGGAGGUUUCAACCAAGGAGGAUUUGGUCAGGGUGGUUUCGGACAGGGUCCAGGAGGAUUUGGACAAGGAGGCUUCGGCCAAGGAGGUUUCAAUCAAGGAGGAUUUGGUCAGGGUGGUAAUGGAUUUGGAAAAUAA